CUUGAACGAAAUUUCUGAGAUUUAUUAGUCGGUUCCUUCUCGUCUGCUCUUUUAGAUUAUCGCAUUUCACUUUCAUGUUUUCUCUCAUAAUCCGCGGAAGAAAGCCACUGGAGUUGCACAAAUGGCUUAACUUUAGAGUUUCACUAAACCCAUCUGCCUUCUCCUCCGCUAGCGAUGUGAGCCUUCAAGAUACCCAAAAAGGUAACAGCUUUACCGUCUCUUACCUCGUCGAAUCUCUAGGCUUCACCACCAAACUCGCCGAAUCAAUCUGGACCACAGACAAGGGUUGUAAUCUAGUCUCUGUUCUCGCUCUUCUCAGAAGUCACGGGUUUACAGAUUCUCACAUCUCCACCAUCAUUAAAACUUAUCCACGGCUUCUCUUACAAGAUGCUGAGUCAUCACUCGCUCCCAAGCUCCGGUUUUUAACCUCGAGAGGAGCUUCAACCUCCGAGCUCACCGAGAUCCUCACCAAAGUCCCUAAGAUCUUGGGAAUCAAAAAGGACAAAGCUUUGAGCAGGUACUACGAUUUCGUCAGAGAGAUUAUUGUAGUUGCAGACAAGAGUUAUUAUUCUUUGCCGGAGGGCAGUGCGCAGGGGAACAAACUAAGGAACGUAUUAGUUUUGAGAGAUAUGGGAGUGCCUCAGAGGCUGCUUCUCCCCUUGCUCAUCUCCAAUCACCACGUCUGUUGUGGGAAAGAAAAGUUUGAAGAAACUCUUAAAAAAGUCGUUGAGAUGGGUUUCGAACCCGCCACGUUUAGGUUUGUUGAAGCUCUUCGCAUGCAUUACCAGUUGAGCGACAAGACGAUACAAGAGAAGCUAAGUUUUUAUGGAAAGUUGGGGUUUUCUGAGGGAGAUGUGUGGGAGAUGUUCAAGAAGAAUCCGAGCUUUCUACCGCUCUCGGAGAAGAACGUAUUGAACUCCAUCGAAGCCUAUCUAGGCCUUGGGUUCACGAGAGAUGAGUUUGCGGUGUUGGUCAAGUGCCAUCCUCAGUGUCUGAACUAUUCUGCUGAGCUGGUGAAGAGGAAGACUGAGUUUCUUGUGAAGGAUAUGAAUUGGCCUGUGAAGUCUUUGGUUUCGAACCCUACGGUGCUUGGAUACAACUUGGAGAAGAGGACUAUCCCGAGGUGUAAUGUAAUCAAAGCUCUAAUGUCGGAAGGUUUGCUAGGAAGUGAGCUUCCUUCGCUUGGCUCUGUUUUGGUGUGUACGGACCAUGCGUUUUUGAAAAGGUAUGUGAUGAAGCAUGGUGAUGAUAAGAAGCUUGUGGCUGAGUUGAUGGCGGUUUUCACCGGAGGUCAUGUUUCUUAGAUUACAAAGGCUUUGUCAAGGGAUGUUUUGUUUCUAUAAGAUGUGAAGAAUGGGAAGCAGGCAUUUAUCUAUAAAUCUCUGGAAUGCAAUGUAUACUCUAGCAAUCUUUUCUAAGUCUUUGAAACAGUUCAAAUGUUGGUAGACUAGAAAAGUGUAGACAUGUGAUGGUGUGAUUAGUCAGGUAACUUACAGUAUACUGGGUUAGCUGUGA